UAUUGUUCCCUAUGCGUUCAUGAUUGUCAAAGUUAUUGUAAUUUUAUAUGACUGUCAUCUGUCAUUCGAACACCAAACAACAAAACCAAAGCAACGUAUUUUUGAUUUGAAUUACGUUUGUUUGUGUUGUCGUAGCUUAAUUUAAAUCUAUGUUUUCCGGGUUGUGAAAGUUCAAACCUUUCUUUGUAACAAUGGCAGACGUAGACGAAAUUAUUGACUACAUAAAGUCAUUGAAAAAAGGCUUUGACAAAGAAUUAUUCCAGAGUAAAAUCGAUGAAUUGGCAUAUGUCGUCGAUACCACUGGUUUGGAUUAUGAUGAUUUUCACACUUUAUUUAAAUUGUGGCUAAACUUGUCAAUACCCAUAACGAAAUGGGUGAGUUUGGGCGCGUGUUUGGUACCUCCAGAUAUGAUGGAAGAGCGCACUGUGGAAUACGCCUUUCGAUGGCUGUUAGCCAAUUAUGGGAACCAGACAAGUUUCUCAAGAUUAGGUUUUCUUCUCGACUGGUUAACAGCUGCCAUGGACUGUGAAUGUAUUGACAUGCCUGCAUUGGAUUCAGGAUAUGAAUUAUUUUAUACAAUGCUAACUUAUGAAGUUUUGACUGCUCACGCUAUGAAACUAGUGUAUACUUUGACAAAACCGGUUGACGUCACUAGAAUGAGGGUGGUUGAGCUGUUAGAUUAUGCUAAGAAGCGGGAGGCUAAGAAGAAUUUAUACAGACAAUUGCAAGUCUUAUUGGGCUUGUUCAAAUCCUACAAACCAGAGUGUGUGCCUGAAGACGUGCCCGCCAUCUCAAUACACACUGCAUUUAAAAAGAUCAAUCUGAAGUUGCUUGCAAGAUUCAGGAGGAAUCAGGAAAAAAGAAAUCAUCAAAGCAAAGAGAGACAUCAUUUAUUAUGGAUUAAUCCAGUAAAUUGCGAUCGAGGGAGGAACAAGAAAGCCGAACCACUAGUGCCCAACGUGGAGUUUCUCAAUGUUGGUUCCAAGCAAUAUGCUGAUAAGGAACCACAGAAGAAUUACCUUGAUUUUUCAGAGCCAGCGCCGCUCCUGCAAUACAGCUUGCAGCACCGCAUGUCGCGGCCGGCGCGGCUGCGCGCGCUGCUGUGCAACCCCACCGGGGUCACCCUGCUCGCCACAGCACACGAUGACGACCAUGCGUUCCUGUCACACGACCUUCAGCACUUGCUGACCAGUUGUUUCCUAGACGGUUCGUCUCACAGCUACGCAGAGAAGCAAGAUUUCCUUCAACGCUUGUCGACACUACAAUACACGCUGCUGCAAGGGCUGCCAGUUGUCACACGAUUUCUGGCUCAAUACUUGCCAUUGUGGAAUGAAAAGGAUUUCUUUCCUGAGAUACUAAAUCUAGUGGAAUGGACAAGCGCGGAGAGUCCGGAACAAGUUUCCAGUAUCGUGACGUCACUGUCCCGGAUCUACCUCCGCGCGCAACCGCUGGAGCAGUGCGCCAUACUCACCGCGCUCACUAACAUGUACUCUAAUAUGAUCUACUCGAGCGUAAGAAGUCGCCAACACUUCAUGAGUAUGAAGCCUACAAAAGAGAACUAUGCAUUGGUGCUGCCCAAUGUUGCUGGGAGCAUCAGUGAUCUCUGCAGCAAGGCGUUGCAAGUCAGCCCAGAGGACAUGCGCGUAGUAUUCACUACAGCGAUGGCGGCCGAGCGUAUGGCGCUGUCGGAACUCCGAAACGGCGCGGGGUUGGGAGCACUCCCGCGCAUUCUACCGCUGGCUCUGCCGUUGCUAACCGUCUCCGCGGCGCUCGUCGACAAUAUGGCGGGGCUAAUGAUACUGUACAAAAAGAUCCAAAUGAAAUGUACGAGCAAUAUCGUCAAAGACCAACAGUACUUCGAACAGAUACAAAUGCUGAAGAGUUACACGUGCGAUUUCAUCAGUUGCCUCUACAGGGAAGAAGCGCUCAUCGGAAGACAAAACGGGCUCGUAUUUAGCCGAUUACCUCCACUCCUCGUCGAUAAACUCAUCAGCCUGUUACCCGAUGCGGAUUCCAAUUUCAGUAUAAGAAAUCAUAUCGCGUUCGCUCCGUACACUUAUAUGCAAUUGCAAGCGAUAGAUCACAGGGACGCCGAUAAUAGACUGUGGUUCCAAGCGGUCGUGGAUCAGGAGUUCCCGAAUUUGGGUCAGUUUUUGAGGAAAGUGGUGCCUGAAUUGAGAUAAACUUACAUGGUUGUAAGUCCCGAGAAUUUGUGGUAAGAUUUUUAUAUUGCAUUACACCCUAUGCCAUAAUAAUGGCGUGCAUAGCAUAGGGUGUACCUAUGCCAUAAUUAUCGAUCGAAGGUUUACCGUGAAUAUGCAGAUUUUUAUGAUUGCAGUAGAACACUGUUCUUUUUAACAUGAUGCAUUUAAUUGUAAUGUGUCAAGUUAAUCUUGUUUAUUUAUACAUACAUACAUACAUAUAGUCUCGUCUAUAUCCCUUACGAGGUAGACAGAGCCAAUAGUCCCGAAAAGACUGAAUGGCCACGUUCAGCUGUUCGGCUUAAUGAUGGAAUUGAGAUCCAAAUAGUGACAGAUUGCUAGCCCAUCGCCUAUAAAAAGGAUCGCAAUUUCAUAAGGCUUUUAUAUAUGUAAUGAGCCUUUUAUAUUAUAUAUAAUAUUAUUUAUACAUGUAUAAAUUUAUAAUUCAUUUAUUACAAACCUCCCUUUGUCCCUUUUCACCUUAUAAUGACCGAGGACCUGUAAUUCGAAAAAAUAUCAUUGGUGUGGUUAAAAGUGCCUUGGAAGAGUGCCUUUGAUAAUAAAUGGGUCUCAAUGCUACCAGAAUUUAAAUAUGUUCGCCGCUCGAAUAUAUUAAUUUUACUGGCUAAAGUUCCACAUCAUCGCUAGAUGGCAUUAAAUCAAAUUGUAAGAAGAUUUAACAAAAUAUAUAAAGAUUUAUUAUUCUUUAUAUAUUAACGUAAUACUCUUUACUAGGUUGGAUAUCCUAGCAUAAGAAAGUGAGCAUCCGUACAAAAGGAUAAUUGUAAAGAAAAAGGGUUAUAGCAUAGCCGUCUCUUGCCUUUGUCCCUUUCGAAGGCAGGAGACUGAUAAGUUAAGACUACUGUGUAUUGAAAUUUAUUAUAAAAACUUAAUUGAAUGUAAGUUCAUGUGAAUUACCCCACCAAAAUAGUUUUAUAAUGAAUGUAACUAACAAUAGUGGUUAUUAAUAAUUUUUUGUCUUUAGCAUAGAAUCAUGUUGGAGGAACCUCUAUAUUUUUGUAAGCAGCAGUUUGUCUGUUGA